AUGUCCACCGGUAAUAAGGACAGCGAAGAGAAUGCUCCGUCAAAAGAAUAUAGUGAGGAUAUUGGCAAUAACAGACCAGUAAGCAGUUUUGUGAAACCUUUAGAUCUCGAUGAUGUUUUGAUCAAUGAAUUGGGACAAUUUGGGUGGUUCCAACUUCGAAAUAUCCUUCUUGUCUCAAUACCCAUUAUGAUGUCAGCAUUUAUGAGUGAAUUCAUUUUCUCGGCAGCUGCAAUACCACAUAGAUGUCGAAUUCCAGAAUGCGAAGAAUACGGAAAGUUGCACCAAUAUGAUCCUGAGUGGAUUUUGAACGCUGUGCCGGAGUCGAGCUCAGGUUUUUCUAGCUGUCAGAGAUACGUUCCUCGAGAACUUGGUACUAAUGGUACUCUCAAGUAUUGUCCUGCCGAUCUCUUCAACAACUUGGAAACUGUUGAGUGUGAUGGUUACGUGUAUGCGAGAGACAAUUCUAUUGUUUAUGAUUUUGAUCUCGGAUGUCAGGACUGGCUCCGUGCGUUAGCAGGUACUCUUAAUAGCGUAGGAACGUUACUCGUGCUACCGAUCACUGGUUACAUUUCCGAUCGUUUCGGUCGCAAGACGGCUUUGGUAAUCAGCGUUUUCAACGUGGGCCUCUUCGGUCUCAUCCGCGCCUUCUCAGUCAAUUACACCAUGUACGUGGUUCUACAAAUCUUACAAACUACACUCGGAGCGGGGACAUUCAGUUCAGCCUAUAUUUUCGCUGCUGAACUUGUUGGACCGAAGUAUCGUGUAAUUACAAGCGCUGCAUCUGCAUCUAUGUUUUCUGUAGGACAAGUAAUACUUGGUGGAGUCGCUUGGUUAAUCCAUCCUUGGCGGUAUAUGAUAAUGGCUCUUCACAUUCCUUGUUUUCUCGUUAUCAGCUACUACUGGAUUUUGUCAGAAAGUGUCAGGUGGCUACUUUCGAAGAAGAAAUUUUCCGAGGCCAGGAAAAUAUUGGAAACUGUUGCAAGGGUGAACAAAAAACAAAUUAGUCAAAAAAGUUUAGAAGCUUUAAUGAAUCCGCCAGAAACAUCCGUCCAAGCUUUAGAUACUAAUAAUCCAGGAUUGAUUCGGAGUAUAGUACGGUCACCAACUUUACUUCGACGAGUCUGCACCACUCCAAUAUGGUGGAUCACCUCUACCUUCGUCUACUAUGGGCUGUCCAUCAACUCGACCAGUCUCUCUGAUACGAUGCACUUGAAUUACAUUUUGACCUGUGCGGUUGAAAUUCCAGGUUCAUUUGCAUCAGUUUUUAUACUUAAUAUCAUUGGUCGAAAGGCCACGCUCUCGUGUGGAUUCUUCUUUAGUGCUUUGUGCAAUAUAGUUUUUGUCUUCAUUCCUAACGAUCUAUAUGUUGUUCGUUUGGUAAUUUUCAUGCUGGGUAAGUUUGGAAUCUCGGUAGUGAUGACGUCAUUGUACCUGUACACUUCGGAACUGUAUCCCACGGAGUUCCGUCAUAGCUUACUCGCCUUCUCCUCUAUGAUUGGCAGACUUGGAUCUAUUACGGCGCCGCUUACUCCUGUGCUCAUGAAUUACUGGCACGGUAUCCCCUCGAUGCUUUUUAGUAGUAUGGGUAUCAUCUCUGGUCUGCUGGUGCUCACCCAGCCUGAAACUUUGGGCACUAAAAUGCCAAAUACGCUAGCCGAAGCUGAGGCGCUAGGAAGAACUGACUCCAAAAUUGAACAGUCGAGUUGAUACUUACUUUCUACGAAUCUGUAUUUUU